AUGCUGAACACCCAUGCUGCUCUUUUAGGGAAUGCUCUGACAGCUGAAGUGUUCAGGGAUGAAUGCUGCACUGUCUUGUGUCAGCGCAUCACCGCACACAGUGCUGAACUGCGCCUUUACACCAGUCGAGAAUCCCCACGAGCUUCAAGGCAGAAAGCAAUGAAAAUUGCUGUUGAGGAGAAACUCCAGCAGUUCUCUGUACUGAACAGCUUCUUCCUGUCAAUCACUCACUCAGGAAAUGAUGUUGUACACUGUGGCCUCUUGACUGAAGCUCUGUUUAGCAGCUCAAAUACAGACGUCACAGUUCAAAAUCAUCUAAGGAUUAUUCAUCCAGGAGACAGUGUUAACUUCACAUGUAUUUUAUCAGGUGAAAUAAGAUCCAGCAUGGUUUGGGUCAGACAAAGGGUUGGAGAAAAACCCCUUCUGAUCGCUUCAAUAUAUCAAGCUUUAGAUGUCAAAUUUGAAAAUGAAUUUGACAAAUAUAAACGCUUUUUUGUGACAAAAGAUAAUGGAAGUUUUAAUCUGAGCAUCACAAACGCAGAAGAAUCAGACACUGCAACAUACUAUUGUGUUACAUAUGCAUAUAAGUUCAUAUUUGGGAAAGGAACUGAUCUCAUUGUUAAAGGUGGAGAACUGAGCAUCGAUUCUGAUCAUCAGAGACCUGCGCCAGAUCCAGAGCAUCCAGAAGAGUCUGCAGUGGCCCUGCAGUGUGCCGUCGUCACUCAGAGCUGUGCAGGAGAACACAACGUCUACUGGUUCAGAGACGAAUCUGGAGAAUCUCCUCCAGGAAUCAUUUACACUCAGGAGCGCAGGAACGGUCAAUGUGAGAGGAGCUCUGAUGGGAACUCUACCACACACAAAUGUAUCUACAACCUGCCCAAGAACAGCCUCAGUCACUCUGAUGCUGGGAUUUACUACUGCGCUGUGGCCGCAUGUGGAGAAAUACUGUUUGGAGAUAAGUUAAAAGUUAAUUUGCCAGGUGCACAUUUUAGUUUCAAUAAAAAAGGAUUUCAUUAG